AUGAGAUCCAAUCGUCUUCACAAUUUCACGUUCCCUUCCCCGUUCUUGAAGUGGGGGACCCAGUGGAUCAUGAGACCUACGAAUGCUGACGGCACCGGUGGAAUUUCUGGCAGCGGUGAUAAUAAGCGUAAGCGUUCUUCAGUGUCAAAGGUCAAAGAAUCAACGGCGACCCACAAGAAGGAGUUGGAGCCUGAAAAGAAGCACGCGACAAAUGCGAGGGUUUUGAAACGACGUAGCUCCAUCAAGGUUGAGGAUGAGAUCGUCUCAGGUAGGAAGAAGCUGAUGCUAGAUGUGAAGAACGAAGAAAAAGAACCUGUGAACGGCGAGGGUUUGAAAGACGAAGAACCUGUGAGGCCGUGGAAUCUGAGGAAUAGGCGAACAGAGUAUAAGGGUGAUACGUUGAAGAGGUCGACCAGGACCAGAGGAGCUCCCACAUGGGCAAAGGAUUACUCAACAGACAUUAAAUAG